UUUCUACGAUGAUAGAACGAUAUGUGAGAAGAAGAGACAAAAAGACCAAAAGAAAGGAAAAGGCGGUAAUUAAUACGAAGGACUUUGCCUUUUAAACUUGUCAUUUCGUAUCGUAUUCAUAUCGAGUCGAGACGUGACAAAGAGUUUCGUCAACUUACCCUCUCGCGCAUUCGCAUCUACCUGGCCGUCUGUAAAAAUGUAAAAAUUGAUAGUGUGUAUUAUUAUUUUGAUUUAAUAAUUAUAUUUGUCACCGAGUAUCCAUCGAGAUAGCGUUCAUGUGAUCAGGAUGACUCACUUUUCAUUUUCCUGCCUUAGUAAUUCUCUCAUUCUGGCGUCGCAUACGCAGCUUUUCUCACUGUCGGGAAAGCGGAAACGGGAUUAUUUCUGACAUUAUUGUUGCCACGAUUUGCGCGCGCGCGCGGUCCGCACAUGUUGCAGAGACGCUGACUUUUCUUUCAAGAAGCCGACGUAGAGGAACAGCACCCCGGCAAAUCCGACGAGAAACUUUCCAAGGUACCAAGCGAAAUUGGUUGUACAGUGUGGCAUUGCAAAUAACUCGAAUGUACGGGAGUACCGGAAAACUUGAUUCUGCCUUGGGACAAUUUGAUAUUAUUCAGUUAAAAUUAUUAACGUUUGAUUCUCUUUCGCGACACGUGAAAUGAUUGCACGUUUCAAAACAAAUGAUGACUUUACGUGUCAACGUGUCGAAACAAUCUUGCAAAGUCUCGCAGGUGGCCAAGAGUGCUAUUUAAUAUAGUUUAUACACUAGUUUUGUAGGUAUACAUAUAAGCAACAACUCCCCUCGUCUCGUGAUGAUGAUAAAUCUGAAAGCGUGAUAAAAAGCAGAGCGAUCUUUUUGCCUUUGCGAUCGCCGCGCGCGAGAGAUUGCGCGUAAGGCGUCACCCCGGCCAUGCUUGCGCUCAGCCGCGCUCGUCUAGAUCUCUAGUCGCACGACCAAGGCGAGGAAAGAUGUUGAAUGACCCGUCAACAUAUUUGCCGUCUUGACAACGCUGCCCUGGGCAAAACUGUCCAGGAGCGAAGGAAAAAGGAAAGAGUCUCCUAGCCACGCGACGUCCCUUCGUUCCACGCUCAUUAGGAUGAAUUCCUCGGUACGUGUCACGCGUGUCAACAGCCACCACGUGUAAAUUUAAACUGGUAUAACGGUCCACGAUUUUAGGAGAAGGGAAAAAAGUUUGGAGAGUGAAAAAUAUGUAUAUCGUACAAGAAGAGAGGCUUUUUGUGCCGCGCACUCUACUCGCGCUAGAAUAGCAUGUAGUACAAUGUGCAUAAAAAUGAUUACAUCUAUAAUGAUUCUUUAUUUGUAUCUCGUUUAUCGUACGAUUACGUAUCGAUUGACCGAAACGACACGUUUUGCACAAUUAUAUAUAUAAUUAUACACACACAGAGCAUGUAGCACUACUGGACGACUAUAUUUUUCUCUACUACCAAUGCCUCCGAGCGGAUUCCACUAACGGAAGAGUAAUAAUGUAAAAAUCAGUUGAUAAGAUACCUGCGUGAGCAGCAGCAAAUUCAUUUUACGUUCGUUCGAUGAUAAUAGUGCGAUCUCUUUCUCGUUCCUUUAUUCAUACACGUGCCGUGUCCUGUGUGUUGUGCAUCUCAAAAAUAGAAGACGGACAAUCUCGCUCUACCAACAACGUUGUGCGCCCCGGCAGCUGCAACCAUAUGGCAUUCUUUCUGUGAUCUUGCUAAGAGCUCGUUAAUACGAUCCUCUCGGAUGUUGCCAACACACAGUUAAUAUUAGUUUCGAGUAUGUUUUCUUAAUGUGCAUAAGUGGCAUCAAGCGCGGACUUGCCACCAAAUCUCACCGAUAGCCACCUGGCCAACAUCCUGCGCAUCCCGGUUGUCAGAUGCUCCUUCUUCAAGGAACGUCGCGCUACGAGAGAUUGACUCGAUCGACACGACGGGGAACGAGAUUGUGACUCUUUCACGUAAAAGACAAGAUCGAACGGGAAUAGAGAUUUAAACUAAUAAUUUAAAUCAAUUUACUGUCCAUCAAUUUCGUUGAUCUGCCGGGCGAUCGGGCAAAAACCUCUUCACCUUUCUUUCACGUAGACGUACGUGAAAUUUCUCCCCUCAUGGGAUCUAACGAAGCAUCGAUAUGUUUGCAAACUGUAAUCAAAGAAGCUCCAUGAGCUUUUUUCAUUUCUUUUCGCGAAGCCACCCGCGCGCGUUACAAACGACGAGAGGAGAAACACAGUGGUCCAUUGGUUCGCAGCCGUCGUAAGCGGCGGAGUUUCUUCAGCUCCGGGCCAAUGGGAACACAUCGGCCUUCUAAAAAUACAUUUUGAAUCAGUAGGAGGAGAUGAGACGACACCUCCUUCGCGAGAAACAAGAAAUAUACUUGCAAGUAUAUCUCUUUCAGUAGAAACUCGCGGUAACUCAGUCGUAGACGUACCCGAGAAGAGAGGAGGAGAGAACUCGGAUAAAGAAAUCGCGCACCGAUUUAAACGACGAGCGUUCACGCACAUAUCUCGUAACAGAUGCUUGAAAAAUUUCGGGAAGGCAAAUGUUUGCAACGCAAAAGAUAACGGAAAGGCAAAAGGUGUUUGACACGUGCCGAGUUUAUUGUCGCGUUUGAAAGCGUCCGAAAAUCGGAGAGGAUUUUCGCGUAACGAGAAAUGAUAUCCACGUGUAACGCAGCACGAUGUAUCGCGCAUGUACUACCUGCUGGGAAAUGACACUUUAAAAACUUGAACGCAAUCGUGUAAACUCUGCACGAUUCCUCUACUCAUCCCUAGAACCACCGAGUCACGGUAAUCGCAUGGAAGAAAUGUAUUACAAUUGUACAUUGAAUAAUCUGUGUACGGAAUCUAAACAAAUCUAAAAUUGAUAUUCCUCUCUACUGCCAAGUGACCAUCCUGCUCUCCGACCAGCGGUAGUUGAUUUUAGCUCAUUUGCCAAAGAGCUUCGUUGCAACGCGAUACGCUUUGAAACCAGAAUGAAAACCAGUAACGGUGGCGGAGGUACCCCGAGUCGUUCGAAUCCAAACGUGGAGCAACGUUUGAGAAGUCCAAAGUGCGCGAGAUGUCGAAAUCACGGCGUAAUAUCUGGUUUAAAGGGCCACAAGAGAUCCUGCGCGUGGAAAGACUGCCGAUGUCCUUGUUGUCUACUCGUCGUUGAGAGACAGCGGGUGAUGGCGGCGCAAGUUGCGCUUCGCAGGCAACAACAAGCGCAAACCGACAAUCUCCUGUCUUCCUCGGCAAAUAAAGUCGAUGGUUUACCGGUGGACACUAUAAAUCCUUACUACGUUAAAGCAAAUUACGAGGAAUCGGACGCCGUCUGCGCUAGAACGAAAAACUUUCAGAGACAUCAUUUACACUUCACGCAGACGAGCAUCAGCGUGACGCAGGGUUUCUAUGGAUUAAAUACCGUACACAAUUUACCUGGCGCAUUACCGUCACAUCCAUCGCGUUUACUAAGCACUCUGUCCUCCCUUGGAUGCGAUCGGAAACAGGAAGACGAGCCCACGAUGAAAGUGCAAUCCUUCCGUUCGGCGUACCCGACGAUUCCAUGGUUCAACGAGGUAGCGCAGUCCUACGUAGCAAACGGAGACUUUAUUUCCACGAGAAACUUACGGGAUUAUCCUACCGAGAACAGCGAGUCUUAUUUAGAGAAGAAAACACCAAUUUCCUUCAGCGUGGAAUCCAUUAUCGGUACGAAAUGAUACGUGACGUGACUCGCAAUCACUGUAAUCGCUGUUCAGACUCCUGUCGUGUACUUGGAUGUAGUAUAUAUAAGUAGGUAUAUGUUAUAACACAAUCUGUACAUUUUUUAUCGAUUAUAUAUUAUACAUCUUUAAGAAAUAACGAUUAACGAUGAUGCCAUGCUUAUGCAGGGUUUAUUGUUCUCUAUCAAUUAGUAUUAGCAUAAUCAACAUGAUCAAAUAUAUUACAUCUAUGACAAU